AUGGGGAAGGGAGGCGCGGGCCGAGCUCGCCCCGCAGGUAAACAGGCCGGCGAGGCGCAGGGCGCUGCCGCCGCGGCCACCCAGCCAUUUCCAGGCACGCAACUCCGCCUCCAGGGCUCUCUGCCUCGCGCGCUCGCCCCGCCGCCCGCUCGCAGCCUCAGCAGCCGCCGCAGCAUCACUUCACACAAAGGACUGUUACCCGCUGAGCAGCUUCUCCACCUCCACGUCCUCCUCCGGUGA